GCCGCGGACGCUCAUAUGUUGGCGCCAGCGCCAACCGGAGUUUGAUUUGGACUCGGAACCGAGAGACAGAAGCAGCCACAAACAUGACUAGACGAAGCGGUCGCCUGCAGAAAAGAUCUGAAAAUGUUCUGGGGCAGAAAGGCAAAGUCGCAAAGCAAAGCAACAGAAAAAAGGUUCAGCCGCUGUCGAAGCUGCAGUGUGAAAAGAAUCAGCUCGUACUCGAAAGUUCCGCCAAGUCUCGUCUCCUCGUCGAGGCGGCGUCAGAGAAAGGAGUCGACCGCGACGAGGCCGGCUAUGAAGGAGACUCCUCAGUUCAGCCGUCGCCUCUGCCUCAUCUCGGGUGGGGAUCUUCCGAAGACGUCUGGGUGAAGAUGAUCAACAGGGAGCAGAGUUACAGACACAGUAAGAGCUUCAUGAGGAAACACCCGAGAAUACAACCCCGAAUGAGAUCGAUCCUCCUCGACUGGUUAAUCGAGGUGAGCGAGGCGUACACUCUCCACCGGCAGACGUUCUACCUGGCUCAGGAUUACUUCGACCGGUUCAUGUUGACGCAGGACGACAUCGAGAAGAACAUGCUGCAGCUCAUCGGGAUCACCUGUCUCUUUAUAGCGGCGAAGAUGGAGGAAGCCUGUCCUCCGAAGCUCUCUCAGAUGGCCUACGUGACUGCAGGGACCUACUACGAAGACGAGAUUCUUCAGAUGGAGUUAAUCAUUUUAAAGGCUCUGAACUGGAACCUCUGUCCUGAAACCGCCGUGUCUUGGCUGAAACUUUACUUCCAGAUGGCGUCGAUGAACACCAACUCUGACCUGCUGGAGCCGCAGUUUCCUCAGGACGCUUACAUACAGAUGACGCGUCUCUUGGACCUGUGCAUCCUCAACAUAAACUCUCUGGACUUCCAGUAUCGAGUGUUGGCCGCUUCGGUCCUGUCCCAUUUCAUUCAACGGGAAACUGUUGAACAGGUUUCAGGUCUGUCUAAAGAAGCCACCCAGCUGUGCGUUAACUGGAUGGCCCCCUUCGUUGAAUCGGUGGGCUGGUCCGGCCGAGCGAAGCUGAGAGAUUUUACCACGAUUAAGGCCGAAGACAAACACAACAUCCAGACGCACACGGACUACAUGACCAUGCUGGACGGAAGUAAAAAUGAGGUGGACGAUCAGUUCCUCACUCCUCCCAACAGCACGGAGAAACCAUGCACACACUGAACUACAACAAAAACUCUAGUGUAACUGGAGACCGAACCGGUGCAAGGAAAAUAGGCUGAUAACUGGAGUGUGGACGGAGCUGAAAUCUGGAAAAUGUUGUUAAACAUUUUCAAAGACUUAAAUCAGCCAAAGCUUUUUUUUUUUUUUUUUCUUGAUUUUUAGCCGUUUUAGCGACUCGGUGCUUUAAUUCAAAGAAGAAAUGUUUUUUUAAAAAAUGUCUGUUUGCUGUAAAAGAGUCAUUUCUAGGAAAUGAUGUUCGAUUACUGAAAGAUGUGCAAUUGUUUUUGUAGCAUAUGAAAUGUUUGAACACUGCUUCAGGGUCAGUUUAAACUGCUAAUUUAAGAUAACUUGGAAACACUGUUCAAUACGAGUAUACACUUUUAAAAAUGAAUAAUACUCACUGCAUAUUCUUCGGGUUGUUUCUCAGUUAUCUUUACCAAGAUAGUCUGAUUUAUUUUAUUUUU